AUGAGUGGAGCAGGGGCAAACGAACCCAACCUUAUAUACUUCCCAGAAGAGAUGAUUUUUACCAAUCCUGAAAAUUGGCCUAUCGGUGUGGAAAUUCACCCUUGGUUGUUUCAUGCUCGACCACAGCAUUUGAUAAAACCCACUACAACUUCACUACCAAAUCAUCAUCCCGUCGACCUACUAAAUGUUAAUACACCAUCGCUGGUCAACUCACAUCAGCAUGUAGAUAACACAGUUGAGAACCUCCUAGAUUCAUUCACCAGACAGUCAUCCUACUACACCACAAGAGAUCUACUCAACAUUCUAGAAGCCAAGUACAUCAACAAUCAUGAUCACCCUCUACCUCUACUUCACAUAAACAGCAGAAAGACAUGGCUGAAUGACGAAAUCGCUAAACUAGUUCGUAAGAAUGAUUACAAUUUUGUUUUUAAAAAUAGGUCUGACAGAAUAGGUGGUGGAGUCGGAAUCUUCAUCAGAUCAGGCAUUGAAUUUUCUAUGAUAAACAAUUUGCUUCUGAACGACACCGUUAUUGACCUUCUUGGUGUCAAUUUAAAAUUAAACAACACACACACAAGCAUAAAAAUAACAGGUCCUAAAAUUUGGACAGAACUUGUACCUCCCCAUCUAAGAGCCAUCAUAAACCUAAAACAUUUCAAGUCAAAAUUCCGUGCUUUUUUAUUGACACUGGAUCUCGACUCCACCACCUAA